AUGUUCACGUGGAUUUGCUUCCAGAUGUGUAAUGUGAUCAGUUGGAUUGCUAUGAUACCUGAAUAUCUUGGGCAUCAGGUGGUGGAUUCUGUUGCUAAUUUUACUUCUGAUUUCACCUGGGGAAAGUUUACCUUGCCUGUUAGUGGUUAUCCCAAAGUGAUACUAACAGAAUUGGGGGAUGUAAAACCUGUGUGCUCUAUGGAGGAUUGUUGUGGUCAUUGUGAUCUUUGUGAUGGUCACUUAAUCGUGAUAGUGCUGUUGAUUUUACUGAAUGUAAUGCAGGCAGGAUAUAUUAUUAUUAAGUAUUGGUGCAGGAGUGAGCGUUGUGCGGCGUGCAGUAUUGCUACUCAGACAUGGGUGGAAUUCGAGGCAGCAGAGACACAGACCGUGGCUCCGGCUACAGCGGCAGCAGAGUCACAGACUGAGUCUCCUACCACAGACGCGGCAGAGACACAGACUGAGCCUCCGGUUACAGAGGCAGCAGAGACACAGACUGAGCCUCCGAUUACAGAGGCAGCAGAGACACAGACUGAGCCUCCGGUUACAGAGGCAGCAGAGACACAGACUGAGCCUCCGAUUACAGAGGCAGCAGAGACACAGACUGAGCCAGCCCCGGCCCCUGCCCCCCCGCAGCGGCACCGGUCAAGUCCUCGCCCACAACAGCUCCCAAGGCCCCGGCUGCGCCCCCACAGCCCGCGGCACAAAUCAAGCCAGCCCCUGCCCUGCCCCGCUCGCAGCGGCACCGGUCAAGGCCUCGCCCACAACAGCUCCCAAGGGACCGGCUGCCCCCCAACAACCCGCGCCACAGGCCAAGCCAGCCCCUGCCCUGCCCCGCUCGCAGCGGCACCGGUCAAGGCCUCGCCCACAACAGCUCCCAAGGGACCGGCUGCCCCCCAACAUCCCGCGGCACAGGCCAAGCCAGCCCCUGCCCUGCCCCGCUCGCAGCGGCACCGGCGGCUCCGGCCCCGGCAGCGAGCGCCGUCACUGCCCCAGUUCCCGGCACCGACACUGCUGCUCCCCCAGCGCCAGCGAAACCGGGACAACGGCACCGGCGAAGGCCGCGCCCACUCCAGCUCCCAAGGCCCCGGCUGCCCCCCCACAGCCCGCGGCACAGGCCAAGCCAGCCCCGGCCCCGUCCGCAGCGGCACCGGCGGCUCCGGCCCCGGCAGCGAGCGCCGUCACUGCCCCAGUUCCCGGCACCGACACUGCUGCUCCCCCAGCGCCAGCGAAACCGGGACAAGUUGCUCCGGUAAUCAGGAGGAGGAGAGGGAUAACCGAGUUUAUUGGACUGUGUGGAUUCGAUGGCCUGGCACAUUAGAGCCACGAAAGUAUAGAGCCCUUGUGGACACUGGUGCACAGUGUACCUUAAUGCCAUCGAAUCAUAAAGGGACAGAAACUGUCACUAUUGCUGGAGUGACAGGAGGAUCUCAAGAUCUGACUGUACUAGAGGCUGAAGUGAGUCUGAAUAAGAAUGAAUGGGAAAAACAUCCUAUUGUGACUGGUCCAAAUGCUCCGUGCAUCCUUGGCAUAGACUACCUCAAGAGUGGGUAUUUCAAAGACUCGAAAGGGUAUCGGUGGGCUUUUGGUAUAGCAGCUGUAGAGACUGAUGGUGUUACACAGCUGUCUACUUUACCUGGCCUUUCAGAUGACCCUUCUGUGGUAGGACUGCUGAAGGUUAAAGAACAGCAGGUACCACUUGCUACUUCCACAGUGCAUCGUCGACAGUAUCGCACUAACCGUGAUUCUCUGAUUCCCAUUCAGAACCUGAUUCGUCAGUUGGAGACCCAAGGAGUGAUCAGCAAGACUUGCUCACCCUUUAACAGCCCGAUAUGGCCAGUGCGAAAGUCUGAUGGUGACUGGCGUCUAACCGUAGACUAUCGUGGCCUGAAUGAAGUCAUACCACCACUGAGUGCUGCUGUGCCAGACAUGUUAGAACUGCAAUAUGAACUGGAGUCGAAAACAGCCAAGUGGUAUGCUACAAUUGACAUUGCUAAUGCCUUUUUCUCUAUUCCUUUAGCAGCAGAGUGCAGGCCACAGUUUGCUUUCACCUGGAGGGGUGUCCAGUACACCUGGAAUCGAUUGCCCCAGGGGUGGAAACACAGCCCUACUAUUUGCCAUGGACUGAUCCAGACCGCAUUGGAGAAAGGUGGAGCUCCAAAACACCUACAAUACAUUGAUGACAUCAUUGUAUGGGGUAAUACAGCAAAAGAAGUUUUCCAGAAAGGAAAACGUCGAAAGUGGAAAGCUGCUGUAUGGAGUCCUACGCGACGAGUUGCAGAAGCAACUGAAGGAGAAGGUGAAUCAAGUCAAUUCGCAGAGGUAAAAGCUAUCCAGCUGGCCCUAGACAUUGCUGAGAGAGAGAAGUGGCCAAUACUCUAUCUCUAUACUGACUCAUGGAUGGUGGCAAAUGCUCUGUGGGGAUGGUUAAAACAAUGGAAGCAGAGCAACUGGCAGUGCAAGGGUAAACCUGUUUGGGCUGCUGAAUUAUGGCAAGAUAUUGCUGACCGGCUAGAGAGGCUGGUCUUGAAGGUAUGCCAUGUAGAUGCUCACGUACCUAUGAGUCGAGCCACUGAGGAACAUCGAAACAAUCAGCAAGCGGACCAAGCAGCUAAGAUUUUCCAGACAGAUUUAGACUGGGAACAUAAAGGUGAACUGUUCUUAGCUCGGUGGGCCCAUGACACUUCAGGUCAUCAAGGAAGAGAUGCAACGUACAAAUGGGCUCGUGACCGAGGGGUGGAUUUAACCAUGGACGCUAUUGCGCAGGUUAUCCACGAGUGUGAAACAUGCGCCGAAAUCAAGCAAGCUAAAAGGUUAAAACCUUUGUGGCAUGGAGGUCGGUGGUUGAAAUACAAGUAUGGGGAGGCUUGGCAGAUUGACUGCAUCACACUCCCUCAAACCCGCCAGGGUAAGCGGUAUGUGCUUACAAUGGUGGAAGGAAGCACCGGAUGGUUGGAAACCUAUGCUGUGCCCCAUGCCAAUGCCCGGAAUACCAUCCUGGGCCUUGAAAAUCAGGUUUUGUGGCGACAUGGUACUCCAGAAAGAAUUGAAUCUGACAAUGGAACUCAUUUCAAAAAUAAUCUUAUAAGUAGCUGGGCAAAAGAACAUGGCAUUGAAUGGGUAUAUCAUAUCCCCUAUCAUGCACCAGCUUCUGGCAAAAUUGAGCAAUGCAAUGGAUUAUUGAAAACUACCCUGAAAGCAAUGGGGGGUGGAACCUUUAAAAAUUGGGACAAGCAUUUGGCAUAAGCUACCUGGUUAGUUAACACCAGGGGAUCCAUCAAUCGAGCUGGUCCUGCUCAAUCAGAUCUUUUACAUAAUGUAGAAGGGGAUAAAGUCCCUGUGGUGCAUGAAAGGAAUAUGUUAGGGAAAACUGUUUGGGUUUUUCCUGCCUCGGGCAAAGGCAAACCCAUUCGUGGGACUGUUUUUGCUCAAGGACCUGGAUGUACUUGGUGGGUGAUGCUGAAGAAUGGAGAAGUUCAAUGUGUACCUCAAGGGAAUUUGACCCUGGGUGAGAAUACUUAAUUCUGAGUAUGAUGUUAGUUGUCUAUAAUACUAACAGUGUUCUAUAAGUGUUUUUCAGGAUAACACUGCAAUGAUGAAACCUAGCCAGAUUGAUUAGGUGGCGUCCAGUAGAACUUCUCCGAGAUGAACGUGAUACCCACGGGCACGAACCGCAAUGAAUUUCACAACAUCUUUCCUACCCUGAGAACCGGAUCUGCUAUGAAAUUGACUUAAUUUUUCAUAUAGAGAUAACCAAGUAAUUUAUGUAUCUAUAUAUGUAUGUGUGUAUAGAUUUUAUAGAUAAUAGUAUUUGUGAUAUAAGCAUGAUGCAAAUGGUAUGGAAAA